CAUGGCGAUCGUACGUGGUUGGUGUGCGAUCUUAUGUUGAUUCUGUUCAAAGUUGAUAGCGUUUAUUGUGUUCGGGAGUGUUAAUAGUUAAUAUAAUUUAAAUUUGGUGCAGAAUUCGCCAGAACAAUGAGUUUCUUUAGCAAAGUGUUCGGUGGUAAAAAGGAACCGGCCCCUCUGACGACGGCCGAGGCGAUACAGAAGUUACGCGAGACAGAAGAUAUGUUGAUAAAGAAACAAGAUUUUCUUGAGAGUAAAAUAGUUUUUGAAAUUCAAGUUGCCAAGAAGCAUGGGACAAAAAAUAAGAGAGCUGCAAUUCAAGCCCUUAAGCGAAAGAAACGAUAUGAAAAACAGUUACAACAAAUUGAUGGCACUUUAUCUACAAUUGAAAUGCAAAGGGAGGCAUUGGAAAGUGCAAAUACAAAUACUGCUGUACUCACUACAAUGAAAAGUGCAGCAGAUGCAUUAAAAUCUGUUCAUCAACACAUGGAUGUUGACCAAGUGCAUGACAUGAUGGAUGAUAUAGCUGAACAACAAGAUGUAGCCAGAGAAAUUUCUGAUGCAAUAUCCAAUCCUGUAGCAUUUGGUCAAGAUAUAGAUGAAGAAGAAUUAGAGAAAGAAUUAGAAGAACUUGAACAAGAACAACUUGAUAAAGAAUUGCUUGGUAUUGAACCUACCGAUGAACUUCCAAAUGUUCCAGCCACUGCUAUCCCAGCUGCACCAGCCAGGACUCGCACAAAAGCCAAACCAGAAGAGGAUGAAGACUUGAAAGAGUUGGAAGCAUGGGCAUCGUAAGGUGGUAUCAAAAUGCUUGUUAAACAAAUUUUACAAGGAAUUAAGAACU